UGUAUUGGGGGUACCGACUGGACUGCCGAAAGUUGGAGUCGGGCCACACUCCAUCCAUGACUUUGCAUUUCGACAUUGUCAUGCUUUUGUAGCCUGCAAGUACAUCCGCCGAGGACAGCAGCACAGCAAAUAUGCGCAUUCCGUACGCUCCCACAGAGCCUGCCGAUCCGACACCUGACACUCAAGCAAUCUACGACCGUAUCCGUGAGCGGCGAAAGCCUCGACCUCUUAUUCCACUUGACCUUGCCCUGCUGCAUAAUCCACAGAUUGCGGAUGGCUACAACGCUCUACUCGGCGCUAUACGGACAAAGUCCACCUUCCCGUUAGCUCUGGCGGAACUCGCCAUAUGCUACAUUGCGGUCCUGAACUCUGCAACCUACGAAUGGACAGCUCAUGCACCCAUAGCGCUAAAGGCUGGUGCCAGCCGGGAGGCACUCCAAGCCGUACUCGACGGCAGGGUAAAGGAUGAAGCUGCAUUUAGCGAGGACGAGCGCUUGGUGCUCGAAUUCACGGAGCAGAGCACCAAGUCUAUCAAAGUUGGCGACGAUGUAUUCGAACGCUUGAAGCGAAGGUUCAACGACCAGCAAGUCAUGGAGUUGACUAUCACUGUAGGUGGGUAUAAUAUGGUCAGCCGCUUUUUGGUGGCACUGGAUGUGACGGAAAGUAAUGGGAAGUCUAUGGAAAUGCCGUCUUAAAUCAACGACGUUCAGUCUAGGCGGGCGAUGCGAUGGGAUCUUGCGCCCUCCUGGAUCCGACGUGAAUUGACGUUCACCGGUCCUUGGUCUUAUGACAAUGUCAUAGCUUGCCCGCGCAGCCAGAGGAAAAGCCCUACUUGUCUCAGUGGCGUAGCUAUUACUGAGAAGUCUGGCAAGGCCGGAUCCAGCGCCACUUUGUGAUGGAGACAAAUUCCAGUCCGACCCAUAGUGCUAUGCCGAGGCAGCCGCUGCACUCAGAGGCGGUAUCAUCGCCACACAACCCGCGUUACAUCUCUUCGUCAGCGCCAUGCGGACUUUAUGCAUACAGGAUGGAGACGCGGACGCAGACUUGGUGUCUGUUUUGGCUGGGCCACAGAUUGCAAAGACCGAGGCUCUCAAUAGCGAACUCUCGGUAUGCU